CAGCAGUGCAAGCGUUUUGCUUGUGGAUGCACGAAAUGGAAAGGAAUCAUCUUCCUCCUCGUGUAGAACCAUGCUCUCUGGUUGUGUCUGCAUUGCUGCUCUUUUCUCUUGUUGAAGCCGCCGCAGCAGAAAGCCAAAGACAGAUCCACCUGUUCGGAUUGGCAUUUUCAUUUUCCUCCUUGGUGCCACAAAGUGAACUCUAGAGAUCGAUCCUUUGCCCACCAAGAUGAAGUUGAAUCUUGCAAUCUCGCUGCUUGCCCUUCUCGUGGGAAAUGCAAGCUCCUUUUCCCCGGCUAGCAAGCCGUCGCUGGCAACCAAGGUAUUCCAAUCCACAGAAGUAUUUGAGAGGGAAGCUUCUGUAGCAAAGAAUGGCGAGGCAGAGCCAAAAGAAACCGCUGCCACAGUUCCCUCAACAGUUCCCUCCAUGGCGUCACCCAAGAGGGAGAAGGUAGUCCAAGAACCUGAUUUGUGGGAGUACAACUUUGGAUUGCAAGAACCUAAACUGACGCUACCCCACGGCAUUGUGGGCGGAGUAACUGCGCCUGAGAAAUAUGCGAUAACCGAAGAACAAAUCCGAGUUCUGGAGGAAGACGGUGUAGUACACAUCAAGGGAGUCUUCGACGAGGAGUGGGUAGAUUAUCUGCGAAAGGCUACUGCCUACCAAGUGGAUAAUCCUCACUUCUGGGCCUUUGCCGGAACUGCUUCCAAGCUGUACGACUAUAUUCAGAGAAACGUCUGGCAAACUAAUGGCGCUUUUGCUGACUUUUACUAUCACUCUGCUAUGGGCCACGUCCUGGCACAGUGCGGCAGAACCGAUGAGAUCCGUGUCUCUACAGAUCUUCUCAUGGUCAACCCCAACAAGGGAUUCAAGUGGCAUCAGGACAACCAAAAUGGUCCCAUCAAAUGGGAGGAUGGCAUCCGUUUCUGGAUUACAAUGGACGAGACACCUGCUGAUUAUGGGGCACCUGUCUACCUGAAGGGUUCUCAUUUCAACGAUGCAGUAGAUGAACAAGCUGUCUUUGUUGAUAUCGAGCAGAGUGGGCUUGACGAGUACAGAGAUAAGGUGGCAGAAUUCCGAACAAUGCCAGGAGAUAUGCUUAUCUGGCAUCCAAGAACGAUUCACAAGGUUGAUGGACCAUCGGAUGGCAUCUGGACUACCUACCGACGCGUGUUGGGUGGAACUGUCGCCAAGGGCGGAACUCUGUAUCAAGACAAAAGAGGCAGUGGCGGUGUUCUGUCUGAUCUGGGUAAGCAUGGCAUGGAACAGGACGACAAGCUCGACUCUCCAUUCUUUCCCAUUGUCUACCCUCAAUUCAAAGAAAGCGAAGCACAAGCCAGAAGAAACGGAGAUGUUGGACGUUCAUUCCAAGACAUUGUGUCCAAAAUUGGUGGACUGGCAACUAAAGCCUCUGGGGAGAGGUUCGGCUCGUUCUUCAAGGUUCUUGGGAGCCGGUAGGUAUGAGGCAAGACUCAAUGGAUAGAUCAUCUCGGUUUGACCAUCCUUCCCUCUUCAUCCCCUAUGAAGGUGCUGAGUUGAUAACGUCGACUCAGCCCUUCCACGCGCACACUACACCUUACUGGAACCCUUGUUGCUUCAGUCAGGUGGUUUGUCGUUGUUCUAGAUUGACUUCUUUACUCACAGCAUGUCAAGGCGACGUCAAUAGACUUCAUAUAGCGAACGAAUAACUGUAUAGAUCUCAUAUUCGGCUACUGU